AUGAGAAGAUUUGAUGUGAAGAAGUCGUUCGAAAUCAGAAGUUUACUUCUUCUUUGGAGCAGCCUUCUGGGCGGACUUGGUGACCUUUCCGGUGGAUCCAUCGGACUUCUCGACAGACUUGAUGACUCCGACGGCGACGGUUUGACGCAUGUCACGAACGGCGAAACGUCCGAGUGGAGCGUAGUCAGUGAAGGACUCGACGCAGAGUGGCUUGGUUGGGAUAAGCUCGACAAUUCCGGCGUCUCCGGACUUGAGGAACUUGGGGAAGUCUUCGACCUUCUUACCGGUACGGCGAUCGACCUGGAAAUUGAAAAGUUAGAUUCUGAUGUCUGUCUGAAAUAA